AUGUCGAAGGGUUUGGGAAAUGUCCCGAAUCGCCUAGGCUUGAAUUAUGGGAAUAAAGCAAGUAAAGUAAAAAAAUCUUCGUCAUCACCUUUUCAGAGGAUGCAAGAUAAGAUCAAGGGGUUGGAGCGACGUUUAGAGGAGCAAUGCAAUCAAAAUGAGAAGAAAGAAGAUAAGGUCAAGGAGUUGGAAAAACGUUUAGAGGAGCAAUACAAUCAAAAUGAGAAGAAGGAAGAUAAGAUGAAGGAGUUGGAACAACGUCCAGAGGAGCAACACAAUCAAAAUAAGAAGAUACAAGAUAAGGUUGAGGAAUUGGAACGACGUUUAAAGGAACAAAACGAUCGAAAUGAGACGAUGCAGAAGACCCGAGAUCAGAAAUUCGAGUACUACAAUGGUCAAAUAGAGAAGCUGGAUGAAUCGGUCCAAAAAUUGACCAAUUGGACAUCACAGUUAAAGGCUCGUAUUGAUGAAGAUAUUCAAAGGCAGGAUCGAGAAAAUGAGGCCCUGAAUACAAUGCAGAAUGUCCAGCAUGCGAUGCAAAAGGUCCUUGCCACUGUCAUGGAACAGCAGCAUAAGCAUAUAUCGGACAUGAUUGCGUUUCAAACUCAGCUACCAGAUAUUAUACGAGGAGAAUUAGCUAUUCAAAAAGCGUUCAAUCCAGAGCCACUACUCGACAGAGACCCAGAUUUAUACGCCAAACCCAACUAG